AAGCGAGAGCGCGAUAAGGAAGGAAGAAUGAGAAAGGAAGCAGAAGCACAAGUGGAAUUGGCAAAAAAGAGAUGCAGAGAUGUGAUCGACCGAAUAGAGGGAUUGCCAGCUUCCACCAAGAUCACUGCUUCUUGCAGACGCACUCUUCUCAAAUUGGCCCACUCCGAACUCACUUUCCUCUGCCGCUGUUGCUCCUCCUCCACCUCCUUCUCCUCCUCUACUUCCACUCCCCUCAACCUCAGUGUCAAUAUCGGGCACCUCGAGGCAGUUGUUCACCUUGUCCAGCAGCCUUUCAUCACUGGUGUUUCCCGCGUUUGCAAGCCAAUUCCUUUGUCAACUUUAGCCCCACAUCCACAUGGGCAGAAAACCGACCCUUGUCUUAAAAAACAUGUCCACGUUGAUAUAGUUUGUACUCUCCAUAGGAACCCUGUCUGGAUUAUUGUAUCUGAUAGGAACCCAAAAUACAUUACUUGGAGUGGCAGCAGCUGCGGAUCCCCUUACAAAAGGGAUAAGAGUAAGGGAUUAAAAUUGCGUAUUCAGCAAGUCACUGCUGCUGCCCGGUCAGCCGUGGCACUGAAACCUUCCUCAAUUAUUCUCUUCUUUUCAAACCGAAAUGGACUUAGCAGCAUUGUUUGCAAUAAACUCAAAGAUGAAUUUGGGGCCACUGAGUUUCAAUUGGAUUUUCCUGUUUUAGAUUUUAAUUUUGAUUUAUCCAAAGAAGCAGGUGAAUGGACUAAUGUACUUGUUGCGAGAACAUAUCAAGAGGCUUGUGCAUUCGAAAUAAAGGUUAGUGAUACAAGGAACGCUGUUUUGAGUUCAGAAUCUGAUGUGAAGGAUUCAAGCCUGGGAGAGGCUGCUGAUACUGAGAAAGAUCCGUCCGUCUCAACAGAGCACACAGAAUUUUGCUGUGCUUUCUCUAAUCUUAUUUCAAGAAUGGAAUUCUACUCAUUGUAUCUAAAAAAUGGGGAAUCAGCUCAAGUUGGGAGUCUUCUGGGUCAAAGUGAACUUAUAAACUUUGAUACAACUGCCUUGAUUGCUCUUGUAUCAGGUAUUAGUAAUGGUGGCACUCCAAAACUUUUGGCUACUCCAGAAAGUGAAUUGAGGCAGCGGUUUAAGGGUAACUACGAGUUUGUGAUUGGACAGGUGAUGUCUGAAAUUCAGAAUCCAAUUCUUGUUGAAAUUGGUCGCACAAUAUCUGGGAAGAGAGGCAUAAUCUGUGAAAGUGUUCGUUCAGAGUUCAAAGAGUUAGUAUUGAUGUGUGGAGGGCCCAAUGAGAAGUUGAGAGCUAGUCAGUUACUGAAUUGUCUUACAGGACCAAAAAUAGCUCAUUGAGGACUAGUGGGACUAGCAGCUGACCCACAGUAAAUGAUUGCUGGGAAGGAGGGAAAACCAUAAAACCCCCAUUGACGAGGACAGAUUUGGCCAAUUUGGGUUUCCUCAGAAGUUUGCCAAAUUUUCUUAUUUAUUGCUGUCAGGGUUAAUUUCUCCCAACGGUUACUUAUGUCCUACCUCUGGCCCCUGCAGCCCUGCCUUUGCAACCUCCUUCAGUUAGUAGUUGUCGUUCUUUUGGGCUUUCUGUGCAUGUGUGUUGUCUCUAGUAUACUUAUUUCUUAGAACUUCAAAAAAUUUCACUGAUAUAAUUCGCCUUAGGUUGCAGAAUGCUUCAACUUAAUUGGUGAGUUAAUCUUGAAUUCAUGAUUUAGGUGACCUUCUUAGAUUGCAUUUGGAGAAUUACACUUACAUAUUUGCUUCCUAGGUUGGUAAAGUAUGUAGAUUCUGUUGCCCUCAGUGUAGGACAUUAAGCAUAUCUAUAGGGUUUUUUUUCUUCUUCUAUAUAUGUAGGAAACGAAAAAAAUUGUAGAAAUAGGGAAACAAGCACAGUAGACAUUUGUGAGGAUCAACCAACCCUAGUCUGCAAUCUGCAUUAGUUCCAAACAGGGUUAAGCCUGUCCGAAAAAAUUCGAGGUGUUUGAUCUGUUUGAUGAUUUUUGCUCCCUUAUAUAUCUAUGGUUAAUCGUGGUUAAAAAUAUAUAUAUAAUUUUUUUUUUUUUUUUUUUGUAUUAUCCUGCACUAAUAACCUUUAGGA